UCACCGAUUUGGCCAGCAGGUCUUUCCCUUAAAGAUUACCAUCUUCCACAAGUCGAUGCACACCAACUCAAUCAAGCACUAGCAUCACGCCAUCACCCGCAAGAAACAUACAAUCUUGAGAUCAAGCUACCAACCUGCUGCCAUGGCGGAACUGAUUGUUGGGUUGGCCAAGUCCGUGGUGGAGGGCGCUCUGACCAAGGCCCAGUCGGCGAUCGAAGAGGAGGCCAAACUCCGGCAGAGCGCGCAGCGCGACCUGGUGUUCAUCACCGGCGAGUUUGAAAUGAUGCACUCAUUCCUCAACGUCGCCACCACGGAGCGCGUGGAGAACAAGGUGGUGAUGACCUGGGUGCGGCAGGUCCGCGAGCUGGCCUACGAUGUGGAGGACUGCAUCGAGUUUGUCGUCCACCUCGACACCAAGGCCAGGUGGUGGUGGCGUAUGGUACCGUCCUGGUGCAUAACGCCGCCACCGACGGCGCUGUCCCUGGAGGAGGCCGUCGAUGAGAUCGAGCAGCUCAAGGCCAGGGUGGAGGCUGUGAGUACCAGGAACUCGCGCUACAAUCUUAUCAGUGACUCAGGCUCCAAGCCGGCAGUCACGAAUCAUCAGCCCAUCGCGGCCGGUGCCAUCACCCUUGGCACAACCGCAUUCAACGUGCUUGCUGAGGCUAGGGACUCUGCGAGGAGGCAACAAGGCUUAGGGGAUCUCACCCGGUUGAUCACCAAGAAAGGGAAGGACCUUCAGGUGAUCACGGUGUGGGGAACAGGAGGUGAUCUUGGGAUGACCUCCAUCAUCAGGAAGGCGUACAAUGAUCCAGAAAUCUGCCAGAACUUCCCUUGUCGCGCCUGGGUGAAGCUCAUGCACCCUUUCAACCCCCAUGAGUUCGUGCAGCGCUUCAUGGCACAGGUCUACGCCGCAAAAGCUCGCGGCGGCGAAAAAAAAGGAGCAGGUGUGGGUAUAGAUGUCCUCACCAAAAUGGAGGCCAUGCAAGAAGAUGUGGUUGCGCUCAGGCGUGAGUUUGUAGAGGAAGUCAACACCAACACUUACCUCGUCGUCCUGGAGAACCUGACCGACAUGGUGGAUUGGGAUGCCGUAAGGAUGUUACUUCCUGACAUGAAGAAUGGCAGCUGGAUCGUCGUGUCCACGCAGCAAUUCGAGAUUGCAAGCUUGUGCAUUGGACACUCGUACCAAUCAUUGGAACUCAAGCAGUACUCGCCUGAGCACUCCGUAUGUGCCUUCUUCAAGGAGGGUUCCCAAGACUAUGGGGACAAAGAAGAGAAACCAAUUGUGUGUCUAGUGAAUCCAAAUUCGUCCUUGGAAAACCUUUCCCCCGGUAACAAGAAUGCAGUCAAUGAGUGGAUGACAAAUUAUCCCCUCACUGGACGAGUGUCAGAAAUGAAUGAACUUCGCACUAUUACAGCUAAGGCACGUUUCAAGAAUUCACAUGUUAUAUCGGUUUGGGGGAUAGCUGGUAUUGGGAAAUCAGCUCUUGUUAGGCACUUGUACUAUGACAGGAUGCUGCUCUCAAACCCAAUAUUUCAGAAGUACAGUUGGGUGGACGUUUCCCAUCCUUUUAAUCUAAGGGAUUUUUCUCGAAGCAUACUUUCUGAUUUUCUUUCUGAAAAAGACCCAAUCAAUGAGUGUUGCGAGCUUCUAAGACAAUAUCAUUGUCUUGUUGUUAUUGAUGAUCUCCAGUCUAAAGAAGAGUGGGACUUAAUACAGGCGGCCUUGAUAACUACUGAUUCGAAAAGUGUUAUCGUUGUCAUUACAACUGAAGCCAGCGUCGCCACAUAUUGCACAAAAAAUGAAGAGCAAGUGUUUAAUGUCAAAGGUCUAGAAACUAUUGCGGCCUUUGAUCUCUUCAAGAAACAGGUACACAGGAAGAAGCCAUCAUGCCCUUUAAAUAAUCACAAUGAUCCCGCGAUAGAUAAACUUAAUUUGAAGUGUAGAGGUCUUCCCAAAGUGAUAGUUGCUAUAGCUGAUUUACUGGCCACACAGACAGUCACGUUGAUGGAUACUGUACAUUCUUUGAAUGACAGGUUUAUGCACCAUCUAGAGACCAAUCCGGAGUAUGAUAGUCUGCAGGGCCUAUUUGCUUGGAUGCAUUCCUACUUCCGUGAUUGCCCUGAUUCACUCAAGCCAUGUAUUUUUUACCUAUCAAUUUUUCCUCGAGACUGCAAUAUUCGAAGAAGGCGACUAGUAAGGAGGUGGAUCGCAGAGGGUUACUCCAGAGACAGCGAUAAAAAAUCUGCUGAGGAGGAAGGAGAGAUGUUUUUCUCCAUGCUCCUCGAGCUGAGCAUUAUCCAGCAGAUUCCGCAGUUAGGCAACACAGCAGUCAAUGAGACAAGGAUGGCAAGAUGCCAGGUGAAUGGCUUCAUCCGCGAGUAUAUCCUCUCGCGGAGAAUGGAAGAGAACCUUGUCUUUGAACUCGGGCCCAAUUGUGUCCUAACAACCCAGCGGACAGGGCGCCACCUUAUUAUAUUGAGAGACUGGGCCAGAGACAAAAUUGUGUUUGAGAGCAUUGACUUCUCGCGGCUACGAUCAAUGACAGUGUUUGGAAACUGGGAAUCAUUCUUCAUCUCUAAAAGUAUGAGGUUGAUUCGGGUGCUUGAUUUGGAGGAUGCAUCAGGUUUAAAGGAUGAUGAUCUCAAGAAGAUGGUGAAGCGGCUACGCCGCCUUAAAUUUUUCUCUUUACGAGGAUGCAGUGAGAUCUACCAUCUGCCUUGUUCACUGGGUGAUCUCAGGCAGCUCCAGAGUCUGGAUGUGAGAUGCACCUCUAUAGUCACCUUGCCAGUGAACAUCGCCAAGUUACAGAAGCUACAGUACAUCCGUGCCGGUACCACGGGCCCAGCAUCAACGCCACCUGCUUCAUCUAGUUGUUUGCCAGAGUUCCGCAAACGCCGUGGCCUAAUUGGUGUUGAGGUUCCAAGGGGGAUUGGAAAACUAACGGCACUACACACACUUGGUGUUGUCAAUGUCAGUGCUUCAGGGGGAAAGGCCAUUGUGGAAGAGCUCAAGAAGCUUACCCAAUUGCGUAAGCUCGGAGUGUCUGGAAUCAACAUGCAGAACAGCAAGGAGUUCUCCUCUGCAAUUUCAGGUCAUGUGCACUUGGAGUCCUUGUUAGUGCGGCUCGACAAGGACAAUCAGCAUUCCUUAGAUGAGAUCUCCCUGCCUUGGGAGAACCUACAGAGUCUUAAACUGUUUGGGCUUGAAGACAAGUUGCCUCUAUCAAUAAGCAAACUUGACAAGAUAAGGAAGUUGGAUCUAGAGAUGGCCACUUUAGUGCAAAGUGACAUUCAGAUCCUCGCCAAGCUACCGGAACUAUGUAUUCUGCGCCUUCAAGUCCAACAAGUUCCAGAUGGUAUGCUCCAUUUUUAUGCAGAGAUGUAUGGAGAGCAGUUGGCCACCUUCAAAAAAGUGAAGAUCCUGGAGAUUGCUUGCAGCUCCACCGAGUUGCAUGUAACUUUCGGAUCAAAAUCGAUGAAGAAGCUUGAGCUGCUCAAGAUUGACUACUCCAGUGCAUCAUAUGAGCUUACCGGCCUGACUAAUCUAUCUGAACUCAAGGAAGUCUUGCUCAAGGGUACCAAUGAUGAGGCGUUCAGGGCACAAUUUGCGAACACCCUUGCCAAUCACCCAAAGAGCCCUACAGUCAAGCUGGAGGGACUACCAUCAUCGUCUUGAAGAGUCAUUGUCUUUGUUUCCUUCUUUUUCCAACUAUCACUAGUUUUUUUUUCAUCAAUUGGCUUGCAUCACACGUGUGCCACAUGGUUCAACUAUCAUUAGUAAGCGGGAUGCCAGCCUUUGCAAUCCCUUUUUUGUGUGUAUACUUGUUUUGCACGUUACUUGUGUACUUAAUGGCUUUAAACUUGUGUUUAUAUCAAAAUGUACCAUGUCUAUGUGCACUCCUGAACGAGUAGUUGGAUUGGUGCAAACAUUUA